AUGACAGUUGGAGCCUUCUCAGAAUGGCGCAAGUUGCCCAUGAGUUUGAGCGAAUUAUGUAUUAACACAACCUUGCGCUGCGGUCAGUCCUUUCGAUGGCACAAUGUUCCAGAAAGUGACGAAUGGCGAUGUGUCCUCCAUGGCCGACUUCUAUCUCUAAAACAAGACCCGCAAUAUCUUUAUUAUAGAACAUAUCGCUCUCUUAUCUCUCAAUCAACAACGAGUCCCCGAAUAAACCCCUCCUCUUUUCCACUGCGCGUGGAGUCGAUUGGCGCUGUGAAUGGCUCGAAUGGAAAAGCAACGCAGAACGAAUCAUCAGAUGACUCCCACGACGACGAAACUCUAGAGCUUCUGAAGCAUUACCUCAAUCUCUCCUCAAAUCUUACGGACCUCUAUACCCAGUGGUCCUCGCAAGACCCGAACUUCAAGAAAAAGGCACCCCAGUUCACAGGAAUCAGGAUCCUGCGCCAGGAUGCUUGGGAAGCGCUCGUAUCUUUUAUAUGCAGCAGUAACAACAAUAUCGCGCGCAUAUCGCAAAUGGUCGAGAAGUUAUGCGUCAACUAUGGCCCCCUGGUUGCCACCGUGGGCGACCGCGCAUACCAUGACUUCCCUUCUCCCGAGGCUUUGACCGCUGACGACGUUGAGGGUCGCCUGCGAAGUUUAGGGUUCGGCUACCGGGCCAAAUAUAUCCACCAGACAGCUUUGAUUGUAGCGAAAGAGAGAGAGCAAGGCUGGCUUGACUCGUUACGAAAUCCAGAGUCUCCUGUUCUCGGAGUCGAGCCUGUGCCCGGAGAUGAAAUGAGACCGGAGGGUAGACAGGGGUAUUGUCACGCGCAUGAACAGCUACUGGGGCUACAGGGAGUUGGGCCAAAGGUUGCGGAUUGUGUCUGUCUGAUGGGGUUGGGGUGGGGAGAGGCGGUGCCGGUAGAUACGCAUGUCUGGCAGAUUGCGCAAAGAGACUACAAAUUCGGCAGAGGUGCUCACAAGUCGCUAACGAAAGCCACUUAUGACGCCGUCGGCAACCACUUUCGGAAACUCUGGGGCAAGGAGGCUGGUUGGGCUCAUAGUGUCCUGUUCACAGCGGACUUGAGGACAUUCUCGAACAGAUUAGCUGCUACGUCUGGCAAGAUAGAUGUCAAGGUUGCUGUAAAGGAAGAGGGCGACGAUAAAGGGUCUGUCAAGCUCGAGACAGAAGUUACGACCUCCACGGCCUAUGCCUUGAAGAGACCUGCGAGUGAGGAAUUGGAAUCAAAGGAUGUGAAAGAGGAGAGUAAAGAAAAUGUGAAGGCCGUCAUUCAAGCCUCGCAGACCACAACGACAAGAAGAAUGUCAAAGCGGCUUCGGAACAGCUGA